AUGAAGUUCUCCUUGAAGGCUGUUGCCUUUACCGCCCUUGUUGCCUCGACCGCUCUCGCCGCGCCCAUUGUCGAGAAGCGUGAUGCCAACUCUGACCGCAUUGGCGCUUGUUUCGUCGGCCUCCUCUUGACUGGAAGCUGGCCCGGAAGCUGCAAGGCUGCCAUCUCUGUUGAUUUGGGUCUGAUCCGCUCGAUUGCCAUCAACCAGAUGUCGAUGGACUUCACUACCGCCAACCCCUGGGCUCCCACUACGGCAUCCAACGAUGUCGUCGCCACCAUGCUCUCUAUCCCUGGCAUCACCCUUCCAAUUGACUCUGUUCGCCAGCACGUCAUCAUCAUCGAUAACGGCGUGCAACUCGGUUCCUUCGAUACCCCCUGGAGCGCCGCCAGCGUCAAGGGAGGCACCAUGAAAACUGCCUUCACGACCUCCACCCUCAACGUCUUCCCCGAUGCCAAGAGCGCCUUCUCCAACUUUGUCGGUUCGCUCUCGACCAAGGCCACCCACCCCGUCACCCUCAAGGGUGCUGUCGAUGCCAAAUUGAACCUCGGUAUCUUUGGCCACUUGACCAUCCCCGGCAUUGGAUUCAAGGCCGUCGUCCCCAUCAAGGGUUUGGACGGUUUGAAGAAUCAGAAGUAUGUCUUUGCCAUCGACAUCUCCCCUGGACUUGACGGCAACACCUACAUGACCUCGAUCCUCAACAUCAACAACCCUUCCCAGCUGUCCUUGACCUUGGGCGAUGUUAACUUUGAUUCUACCCACAAAGGUGCCCACAUCGGUAUCUCGACCGUCAAGAACUUGAAGCUCGUCCCCGGUGACAACCAGGUCGUCUCCUACACCGUUUUGGACAUGGAAUUGGAAGCCGCCAGGACCUUCUCCCAGGCUCUGUACACGAGCGAUGAAAUUAUGGGCAUCGGUGGUUACGCCAACAGCUCCACCAACCCCGCCUUGAACGCUGGUUUGGCUGCCGUCAAGUCUGGUGUCACUAUCCCCAUGAACUUCCAGGGACUGCACUUGUCCCAGGCCCCCUACAAGAACUGGUCCCUCAAGAUUUCGACCGCCAGAGUCGCCACCGUCACCGCCACCUUCCAGUCCCCUUACUACGGCAUCCCCUACGAGUUUACCGCCUCCAACCCCUCCGGAUAUAUUAACCAGGUCAAGGCUGGUGAAGGCAUUUCUAAUGACGCAGUCGAAAAACAAAUCUGGAAGUUCAAGGACGGCCUCAAGUUCAAGGUCUCUGGCUCCGGCGCCACCACCGUCUCCUUCGAAGUCGAUCUCCCCAAGACGGUUUCCCCCAUCCAGGCCAAGGCUUUCACCGACAUGUCGAACUACUCAAAGGCCAACGGCGGUGCCAUCCCCAUCUCCGUCGAUUGGAUGCCCAUGAUUAUCAUCAACGGCGAUGGCACCGAGCGCGCGGUUGACUGGACUACUGUCGGAAACGCUUUGAACGAUAUCAAGCUCACCAUUGGUGAUGACUUUGCCAACAUCUUUAUCAAGUAA